AUGAGGUUCGACAAGUCAAAUCAAGACUCGGUAACGCUUCUGUUCUGGAUCUCAGAUAAAAUUGGGAAUGUCGUUCGAUCGGUGAAAUCCGGAUUUAGAAAGUUUCCUGUUAGUUUUGGCGAACAUUUUGACUUUUAUAAGAUUGGCCAACUUUCUCACGCGGGUGGCGAUAUAAAACCUCCUGGAUCUUACUGCGGAGUAUACAAAAUUCCUGGUAGUAUCGGGCAUUGA